AUGGACCGAGAUCGGGCAAAGGACGACCCUGUCAAGCACAUUGACGAUGCGGACACGGGCGCCGACACAUACGCGGCCAUCAUGGCGACGCAAAAGCCUGAUCCUCGAGGCCCUGGGUACAUGAAACUGUAUCUUCUUGCGUCAAUGGUGUUCCUUUGUUCAACCAUGAACGGGUUUGAUAGUUCUCUUAUGGGUUCCAUCAACGCGUUACCCAACUACACCGCGUAUUUCGGAUUGCCUUCCAAUGGCAACACAAGCACCGGCAUAGUCUUUGCUAUUUUUCAGGUCGGCCAAAUGUGCGGCGCCCUCUUCAUCUGGAUGGCAGACUGGUACGGCAGAACCUGGCACAUCUUCUUCGGCUGCUUGGGAGUCUGCAUUGGGACCAUCGUGACUUCCUUAGCCACCAAUCUUCCCAUGUUCAUCGGCGGUCGGUUCAUCUUGUCUUUCGCAGCAACCUGCGCCCAUACCUCAGCGCCUCUGUAUCUGGUCGAGAUCUCCCCUGCCGCGUACCGAGGUACGAUCGCGGGCAUGUACAACACCUUCUACAACGUGGGCUCGAUCUUGGCGACGUCAGCAGUCUACGCAUGCCACUUGCACCUUGGCGACAAGGGGGACUUGGAUUGGAGAAUUCCGCUUUGGCUGCAGAUGGUCUGUCCUGGACUGGUCUGUCUGCUGAUCAAAUUCUUCCCGGAGUCUCCGCGUUGGCUUGUUGCGAAGGAUCGCCAUGACGAAGCGAAGAACAUCAUCGCGACCUACCACACCAAUGGCGACCUCGACCACCCUCUCGUCGACUUGCAAAUGAAAGAGAUGAUCAACUCAGUUGACCCAGCACACGUUCCAUCAUGGAAGGACCUUUUCGAUCUGAGGGUCCUUGUUGAGACUCGCUCCAGCCGGUACCGACUGAUGCUCAACGUUGCGUUCUCAUGGUUUGGACAAUUCAGCGGAAAUAACAUCAUCUCGUAUUAUCUCCCGAUCAUGCUUUCCGGCGUGGGCAUCACCGAUACCAACACAAAACUGAUCUUGAACAUCGUGUACUCCGUCAUUGGAUGGGUCUUCUCCACCGCCGGAUCUCGUUUGCAUGACGUUGUUGGCCGCCGCAAGAUGCUUAUCACCACCACGGCAGGCAUGACCGUCUGUUUGGCCAUUGUUGCUGGCUGCUCCGCCGGCUACACUGAUUAUGGCAACACAACUGCAUCUACCGUCAGCAUCGUCUUCAUUUUCAUCUUCGGCGCCGUCUUCUCCGCGGGCUUCACGCCCAUGCAGCCCAUCUACCCGGCUGAAGUGGUCAGCAACAAGAUGCGAGCCAAGGCGAUGGGCACAUUCAAGCUAACGGCUGGCGCUGCCGGGUUUCUCAACACCUUUGUUGGGCCGAUUGCUCUCUCCAGUAUUGGGUACUGGUUCUACGUUUUCUUCGUGGCGUGGGAUAGUUUUGAAAUUGCCUUCAUGUACUUCUUCUUCGUCGAGACCAAAGGCUUCACGCUAGAGGAGUUAGACGAGAUCUUUGAAGCUAAAAAUCCCAGGGAUGCAUCUCUGCAGGCGAAGAAGCGGCAGACACAGAUCAUGAGGGAAGGUGCAGGGCCCGCUUAG